UAUAACAAUCGUACUAUAGAUCGCUCAUCCCUAAAUUAUCAUUAUGUGGAGUUUAAUUAUCAACGAUGAUGACGACGAAUAUUAUACUGAUCAUAACGAAGAAGAACAAGUAGAAGAAGAAGAAUGUUAUAUUGAUAGGGAAGAAGAAGAAGAAUGUUCAAGUAUGGAAGAAAAUAAUCAAGAAAUCGGGUGUCCAUAUUGUAGUGAUGAUGGAUUUGAUGCUUCUGGAUUAUGUUUUCAUCUUGAGCAUCAACACCAACAGCAAAUUCAAUCCGGGGUGUGUCCUCUUUGCAUUACUAAUCUUGGGAAGGAUAAGAUCACUCAAAAUGAACGCGUGCUUAAAGGUCUUUGUAAGAAGGAGCUGUAUGAUGAUGAAUCUUACUCUAUUAUAUCGCAAUUGAGGAAGACACUGCAAGAACAUUCACUAUCUCACAAAGAGUCGACUUCUUCAGCAUUGUCGUCUACCAGUGCAGCAACAGGUCCAUUGAUAUUAUCAUUUAUCUAUAACCCACCUCAAAGUCAUGAGCCCACAGUUGAUUCUUCUGCUGAACCAACUUCUUCACCAAAGACACUUCAAGAGGAUGUUACAUUAGAAAGAAGUGGUAUCAUCAUCUCAUCUGAUUCCUUUUCACGUAAUGACCAUGAAGAGAUCACUCCAAAAUCUGACUUCAUUCAGACGAUAUUAUUAUCCACCAUUUUUGCCGACAAUUUGUAACAAGACAAACAACACGCGGGCAAGACCUUCACCAAACUCUGCUCAAAAUACAGCAAAGCUUUAAGGAACUAGAGUAAGGUUUGAUGUAGAGACUAAAUUUCCUGUUAUUUUUCAUACAAUGUAACUAGUUAGGUUAUAUUUUGCCAGAGCAGUUAGGAUGAACAAAAUCACAUCUGUUCAAA